CUCUUCUUUACAGAUGAUGAUAUGGAGAAACCCAAAUUUUCCUUUCCCUCUCCAGGAGCAAAAGUACCAUUUAUUUUAUCACAUAAUGGAGAUGAGCAGAACAUUGUACCAGCGAGUAUAAAUCAGUAUCUAAGAGACUAUCAAAGAGAUGGCAUCAGGUUUCUCUACAAUCACUAUCAGUUAAAACAGGGUGCUAUACUUGGUGAUGAUAUGGGAUUAGGAAAAACUGUUCAGGUGAUUGGUUUCCUAGCAGCCAUCUUGAAUAAAAAAGGAAAUAACGAUGAUAUUAUGAAACAAAAAUUAUCAUUUAUUAAGAAGGUGUGUAUGUCUGACACAAACUACAACGAACCAGAAAGAUCAACUAGCCCCUUUCUAAUCAUUGGUCCUGGAAGUGUAAUAUAUAAUUGGUUAGAUGAAUUGGAUACAUGGGGCUAUUUUACUACCAGUAAAUACCAUGGUACUGAUAAAGAAUACUCUUUAACAGAAGUGAAAAAAGGAAAGCUAGAAAUAGUUAUUACUUCAUUUGAGACAUUUAGAGACAAUUUAAAUGAUAUAUGUAGUGUUGAUUGGCAAGCAGUAAUAGUAGAUGAGGUACACAGAAUCAAGGAUGUGAAGUCUCUAACAACUCAAGCCCUACGUAAAAUACCAACUCAACUACGAUAUGGUUUGACUGGUACUGCCUUACAAAAUAACAUGGUGGAACUCUGGUCCAUUUUAGACUGGGCUCAACCAGGAAUUUUAGGAUCUGUGUAUGAAUUUACAGAAGAGUUUGUGCGACCAAUAGAAAAAGGACAGAGAAAUGAUGUCACAAAACGUGAAUUAGCAGAAGCCAGAAAGAAAAAAGAGAAGUUUCGUGAAAUACGAAAGAAGAUAAUGUUAAGAAGAAUGAAAGCAUUGAUAGCUGAUCAACUUCCUGAAAAAGAUGAUAAUGUAGUAUUUUGUAAGUUGAGCCACCUACAGACCAGUGUGUAUAAAGCUAUAUUAAACCAUCCUGAUUUAUUAUUGGUAUUAAAAAUGGAGGAUCCAUGUAGCUGUGGUAGUGAUAAAUCUAGAGCAAAAUGCUGCUUUAAGAUUAAUAGAGAUGGCAUUAAUAUUCAAAGUAUAAGAUUUUCAUUUAUGCAUUUAUUAAUGAAAGUAGCAAAUCAUGUAGCUUUACUGAUUCCAAGGGAGGGCACGAGUUAUCUACAGAAAACACGUUCUAAUGAAAUUUGUGAAAUAGCUCUCAAAGAUCAUCAGGAGUUCAUCAAUUUAACAAAAGAUGCUACUUUCAGAACAUUAUCAGAUCCUAGAUACUGUGGAAAAAUGAAGGUUUUACAAGGUUUAUUACAAGUAUUUGAGAAAACACACAGUAAAGUUUUGAUAUUCUCACUUUCUACAAAGUUAUUAGAUAUAUUAGAACAGUAUUUGAUAAGUUCAAGUUAUGAGUUUCGCAGAUUAGAUGGUUCUGUCAGUAAUAAAAAACGAAUGGAACUUGUUAGAGAAUUCAAUAAAAAUCCCAAUAUAUUUAUAUUCUUGAUUUCUACAAAAGCAGGAGGGUUAGGUUUAAAUCUAACUGGAGCUAAUAGAGUAGUCAUAUUUGAUCCAAACUGGAAUCCAAGUCAUGAUCUACAAGCCCAGGAUAGAGCUUAUCGUAUAGGACAGAGACAGGAUGUUCAAGUCUACAGACUUAUAUCAGCCGGUACUAUCGAGGAAAAUGUUUAUUUACGACAAAUUUAUAAACAGCAACUUGGAAAUGUAGUUGUGAGUUCUGAGAAUGCUAAAAGAUUAUUUCAUGGUGUUCAGGGCAAUAGAUUUAGACAAGGAGAAUUGUUUGGGGUACAAAAUAUGUUUCAAUUAAGAACAGGAGAGUCUUGUUUGACAAUGGAUAUACUAGAGGUAAGAAAGUUUUGUACAUCUUUCAUUGUAUUCCUUACCACUGGCAAGUAG